UGACCAGCCCUACCCUUCUUUUUUUCUUUCCGAAGUCCUCCAUUUUCGAAUGAGAGAGCGAGAGCGCGAAAGGAGAGGAUCCAAGAAGCGAUUCGCGCGUAUCUUUUCCUUUCGCCAAAGAAUUUGGGACGACUUGUAGGGUAUUGAGGUCCGAUCGGCAUUAGUGCUACUUCCGGCGUCGUUUGUAUCCGGUAAGCGUUAGGUUUUCAGAAGGAGACAGGAUCAAUGCGGCUGGAGGUGCUGGACCUCCACAAGUUUCUGCUUUCCGAGGGCUUGUAUAGGAACCAUUUCCGAGCUCAUCUCGAGCGUGGCUGUAAAUUUCUCCACUUUAAAGGGUGCAUUCUAAGCCGACAUAUGUAUGGGCUCCAGUGCUACCGGAGAACUAUUCCUCCUGAAAAAAAAUACACAACAGACAAGGACGAUUUCUGGUCGUUGGGUGGGGGGUAUUUGGAGCCUUUUCCAGGUGACGUAAUUUUAUUGGACUCCGAACGUAUCUCUAUAUCAGAACUUAAAUGGGGCGUUUACAUGUAUACCACCUAUUUCCAAUGUAUCUCGAUAGAUCUCUUCGCUGUAUAA